UUGUUUGGUGGGUUCACAAAGGUUUCCUACGUAAUUGUGCUAAAAUGUCCGUAAAACACACCACAGAGAAGGCAUUACAAAUGCUACGAACGUUACCACGUGUGACAAUCGGAAACAUACGUGAUAAUCCACAAUCGAAGCAAAAUCCGAAGCGCGGUCGUGGACAGCACGGGGGAGACAAGCAUGGCGCAGGCAAUAAAGGAUCGGGCCAACGACAAAACUACAUGCGCCUCGGAUACGAGACCGGAAACACACCGUUUUAUCUCCGUUUCGGCUAUGAACCGUACUACAAAGGACACCAUCUGAAGCGUGAGUAUCCUCCGAUCAGUCUACACCAGCUGCAGAAACUCAUCGAUACGGAUCGGCUUAGCCCAAGGGCACCUAUCGAUCUUACCACGAUCUGCAACACGGGAUUGUUCGAGAUACGGCCCGAUCUUCUUCACCAUGGCGUACAGUUGACUGAUGAAGGUGUGGACGAUUUUCGGGCCAAAAUUAACAUCGAAGUACAGCACGCACCGGAAUCAGUGAUUGCGGCUAUUGAGCGUAACGGGGGAGUGAUUCGUACUGCCUACUACGAUCCACACAGCCUGUACGCGGUUGUCAAUCCGAAGAAAUGGUUUGAAAAAGGUGUACCCAUUCCGAGGCGCAUGCUACCACCGCAGGAUGCUGUAGAGUACUAUACGGAUGCUCGCAAUCGUGGUUAUUUGGCUGAUCCGGAAAAAAUCAGCCAGGAACGUUUGGUGCUGGCCCAGAAGUAUGGUUACUCACUGCCAAAGAUUGAGGACGAUCCGGACUAUGGAAUGCUGACGGAAACGAAAGAUCCACGGCAGAUAUUCUUUGGCCUUAAUCCGGGUUGGGUUAUAAGUUUGAAGGAUCGUGCCAUUAUUAAGGAGAAACAGUGAAACGUUGU